AUGGAUUGCUUUCCACGAUUACUCGGUCACCCUGGGUUCCGCGCUACUCUUAGCCUAUUUUCAGCUGUAGAGGGGUCACUUGCUCUUGGCGGGCUAGAAGGCCUGGAGCUUCUUGCCACGGCUCUUUUGGGUUUCUCCUUUUAUAUACUAUUAAACAUUCUUGCGUAUCAUCGCUGUGUUUUUACCGUUGCAAAAUCUGAAGACUUUAAUGGUAGUAAGAGAUGGCCUAUAAACGUCUGUGAAAUAAGAGGCCCCAAGGCAGACUUGGCUUCAGAAGGGUUGUCUUUUCACUUGACUACUGUCGCGUUGGCUGACUGUUCUGGGCUCUAUGAUGCGCUCUCUUACGUCUGGGGAGAUCCUCUUGAAAAGAUCAACAUCACUAUUGAUGGGAAGAUCCUCCCGGUCACAGUCAAUCUCUUCCAGGCAUUGAAUGGGCUGCUUUCCAAGGGCGGGCCGCGUCGGCUCUGGAUCGACGCCAUCUGUGUGAAUCAAGAAGAUUUAAACGAACGCAGUAGGCAAGUUCGUCUAAUGGGAAAGAUUUACAAACAAUCAGGCAAUGUCCCCAUCUGGCUGGGUCAAAGCAAGACAGAUAUUUCUCUCCCAUGCGUCAAUCUACUCAAGGACACUGCGGCGGCAUCAAGAAAGAUUUGGGAAACUUACGGGCAUGAGAAGAAUAUUCCCAAUCCAAUGGUAGAUAACCCCAUCUGCUCUGAUCCAAAACAAUGGGACAUGGUUCGAGAAAUGACGAAUCUCCCGUGGUUUUCUCGAGUAUGGGUUUUGCAGGAGGCUGGGCUGGCACUGCAAGCAACAAUGGUAUGGGGCGACACGACCAUUAAUAUCAGCGACAUCGUUGAAGUGUCUAACCUUUGUCUCAUGGCUGGGCAUCUAUUUCCGGUAUCCGACAUUGGAUUAUUCAAGAUAACCGACACAUUUGCCGACUUGUGGAAUUCCAUGGCCACCUCUAUGUCAUGGAAAAGGGAGUUAUCCAAGAGGCCCGUCCAAUCGCUCGAGGCCCAACGCCCCAAGGUAUCUUUCACCGAGGUCCUUCAUAUUGGUCGUCGCUUCGAAGCUACGGACCAUAGAGACUACGUGUUUGCAUUCCUUGGACACCCUAGCGCACUGAAUCCCCAGACGGGCGAGAUACUACUGAAUCCAGACUACAACAAAAGCUUACUUGAUGUAUACUACGAAACCGCCUGCGCGCUUCUUAAAACCGCCGAACUGUCCUUCAUCUUAUCUUGCGUAGACCGCAAUCAGGAGACUCUGGACAGCGGACGCGAUACAACAGCAGUUUUCUCUCUGAAUGACGAUCGCUCAUUGCAAAUCGAAGGAUUCAUUCUCGACACAAUCACGUGGGCCGGAUUGGCCACGAUAGAAAGUGACUUUAGCACCCAUCCAGUUGGUGAAAAUCGCCCGGUGGUUGAGCAGAUUUGGCAAGAUCUCGUGGCAAACGAAGAUGCCGCGACGCAAUACCCCCCAGAAGACAAAGUCGAAGCCUUUUCUCUGACUCUGGUCGCAAAUGCCGCGCAGGCUGACCAAAAACCCAGCGAGCUUGCCGACGAGCAUCGGGAAGGCUUUCGCGGCUACUGCGCAAAGUUUGGUUGCGCAAUCCAGAAUGUCGGCCUCGAGGGUGUAAAGUCGGAGUCAUGGCGCUUUGAGAGAGGAGCCGCCUGGGCAGCCCACAACCGGCGUGUCUUCCGUACCAAGACGGGCUAUUACGGCCUGGCUCACAGGUUGAUUCGAGAGGGCGAUGUGUGCUGUGUGUUUCCGGGCCUUAGGGUCCCGUUCGUGUUACGGCCCGUGGGGAGAAACGGAGGCGGCCCGGCGUACAAGCUUGUCGGCGAUGCGUACGUGCAUGGUGUUAUGAGCGGAGAGGCGAUGAUGAUGCUAAAGGACAGGAAAGCUGUGCUGCAAAACAUUACGAUUAUCUGA